ACCAAGACUACUGUCUCAAAGAUACAAAUAUAUGCAACCCAUGGCUUCAUUUUUCAAAGUCAAUCUCCUACUAAAGGUUCUUGUUUCUGUUUUUGUCGCUUCCUCUGCGGAAACCUGCUCCAACAGCACUUUCUCACUUAACAGGGUCUAUAAUUCCUGCAGCGAUCUCCCGUAUUUUGGAGCUCAUCUUCACUGGAAUUACAUUCCAUCCCUCAGAAAAGUCUCAAUUGCAUACAGGGCAAGGCAAAUUUCAACGGGUUGGAUUGCUUGGGCAAUCAACCCCACUGGCACAGGCAUGGUUGGAUCACAAGCUCUCGUUGCUUUUCGUAAUGACAAUGGUAGCAUGACUGUUUACCCAACAUCAAUAACCAGCUACAAUCCAUCAAUGCUACCAGGGGAACUCAGUUUUCAAGUUUCAAAUAUCUCAGCAGAAUAUAAACACAAUGAGAUGACAAUAUAUGCUAUAGUUGGACCACUAGAAAAUGGAACCAUCGUGAAUCACGUUUGGCAAGCUGGGAAUUCAGUUUCAAGCAACAUACCUCAAAUUCAUUCGAUGUCAUCUUCACAUCUUCAAUCAAUGGGCAAAAUUGACUUCCAGAAAGCUUGAAAACAAACAUUAAAUAUGUGGGUACUUAUGUCUGGUAUUGAGUGAGGCAUGCAGUUGAUGGAAUGUAAACUUGUUUAGAAUAGUUGACAUGAUAACUUACUAUAGGUAGCUCCUUAUAUCUUCUGGUAGCACAUUUAAACAUACCAAACUAAGGACACUAAACUUUACCAUAUUGACAAGUUUCAUUUUUAGGAUACUAAAAGGUGCAUAAUAAAUUGAACAGGCUUCCAAUGUCUACAAAGUCUACGGGAAGAAUGCAAUGGAACUGCAGACCAAGGUUGCUCGUAG